CUUCGUGUCACAUGAGCCAAAAUGGCUACGAUAGCGGAGGAGCAUUUUGCUUCUUUACAACUGCUUUUAAAGGCUCCAUCCAAGGAUGCAGUGCGGCAGCUCUGUCAGGACAGUUUCCCAUCUGGAGCUCCUGAAUCACUGCAGCUAUCAGAGAAUGCGGCAGGAAUCCUGUGUGUGUCUGUCAGUGAAGCCCAGCAGCUGCUCAGGGCUCUGCACACACUCUCUCAUCAUGUGCUGUUCUACAGUCUGAGUGCUCCAGAGCAGAUCCUUGCCCUCUUCCCACACUCCUUUCACCCCAGCCUCAAAAACCUCAUCACCAAGAUCUUGCUGGAGCAAAGCCCAACAUGGAGAAGUGAAGCUCUAACCAAUCAAGUCUCACUACCCCAGCUGGUGGAGAUGGACUGGAGGGUGGACAUUAAGACGGCCUCGGACUCCAUGAGCCGCAUGGCUGUGCCCACCUGCCUGGUGAACAUGAAGGUGCAGGACCCCCUGGCCCUAGGGGGUGGGGACUCCAUCUCCUCAGUGACGGUAGAGCUGAGCCGAGAGACUCUGGACACCAUGCUGGACGGGUUGGGGCGUAUCCGGGACCAGCUGUCUGUGGUGGCCGGGAAGUAGCAUAAUGCAGGAGCCCCACAGGCAUGGCAGAGACUUACACACAGAAACACACAUGCAUUCACAUGUGCUCAAACAGAGACAUUAACACACAGACACAUGU